CUGGAAGUGAAGGCCCUAAGGAAGGCAAUGACUGAGUACAAAUUGGUGGUAGUAGGAGCUGGGGGUGUUGGAAAAAGUGCCCUGACCAUCCAGCUUAUCCAGAAUCACUUUGUAGAUGAAUAUGAUCCUACUAUUGAGGAUUCUUACCGUAAACAAGUUGUUAUUGAUGGAGAGACUUGUUUGCUAGACAUCCUGGAUACGGCAGGACAGGAGGAAUAUAGUGCCAUGAGGGACCAAUAUAUGAGAACUGGGGAAGGCUUUCUUUGUGUGUUCGCCAUUAACAACAGCAAAUCAUUUGCAGAUAUAAAUCUUUACAGAGAGCAAAUUAAAAGAGUGAAAGAUUCAGAAGAUGUACCAAUGGUAUUAGUGGGAAACAAAUGUGAUUUACCAACACGAACAGUAGACACCAAGCAGGCUCACGAAGUAGCAAAGAGCUAUGGCAUUCCAUUCAUUGAAACAUCUGCCAAAACAAGACAGGGUGUUGAAGAUGCUUUUUAUACAUUGGUUAGAGAAAUCCGUCAGUAUCGAAUGAAAAGGCUCAACAGUAAUGAAGAUGGAAAUCAAGGCUGCAUGGGGGUGUCGUGUCUUGUGAUGUGAUGAGCUGCCUUUGAAUCAUCCAUCCAAGUUCAAAGCUGAAUCUUAAUUCCACUGUGUUGCAUUUCAUGACGAUGCCUUGGCCAGUAUCAUGCAAGUUGCCAACUGAUCAAUACUAAAACAUUCUGUCAGCACCAGAAGAUACUGUUUCUGAACAUCUACCUCUUUGCUCAGUUGAGCAUGCAAAGAAAAUCUCAUACGUUAUGUGUGGGAUUUUUCACUUUUCUUUCUUGGGUAGGUUCAAACAGAGAAACUGAUUAUAUGGGAACUACAGAGGCCAAAUGCCUUGAAAAAAAUAACAUCUCAUUUUCUGGAAAGAAGGCUGGAAUGAAUUAUGAUCUUGCUAUUCCAAAAAAUCCAUUACACAGCAUUGUAUGGUAACAUUAUGCUUGAUUUCCUGUACACCGUUUUAAACCAGGAUAAUAUUUGUCACAUUUCCUAUGCUAUGUAAAAAAUUCCUAUUGUGCAUUAGAUUAAUCACACCUAGUCUAACAUAUUUAAUUCUGGCCCCUUUUUUAUAACAAAAGUAAAAUUAUUUGAUUAUCAAGUGCCUCUUUACAAAGGCAAGCUAGACCUUAAGCCUUAUCAUGCAGGUUGCAGCUCUGGUUCCUAGCUGACCCGUCUUGAUUGUUUGAAGCUGACUCAGUACAUUGCUCUGUGUAACCCAGUAUUAACUAUGCUUGGCUUUAUUGUAUUAUUCCUCUAUUUGGGCUUCCCAAUGAACUGUAUGUGGGAGCUUUUGCAGAAAAAAUUUACUAUCACUGGGCUUUGUUGUCAGAGUUCCUUGCAUCAUUGACUGAAAGGCACUUUGAGAUUAAGAUUCUCCUGAGGAAAUAGCAGUUAACUGCUAUUUUCUAUUUUUAAAUACAAUACAUUCCAUUUACUUUGUGCUUGAAGGUACUGGUAUUUUCAUCAGGACCACUUAUUAGCUGUGGAUAUUGUCAACAGCUGUUAUUCCAUUAUCAGUCAUAAAACAUGGCUGUAUGAAGUUUGUGUAGAAAAAAAAAUCUGUUCUAUCCCAGCUAUUUCUGCACUUCUAUUUUUAGUUAAACUUAUUUACUCAUUUGAUAUCUUUGUCAAGCACAGUAUCUUUAGGCUUACUAGUGAAGAAAUGUAUUUAGGGAAUCAACUUCAUUAGCAUUAUUCAUUUUGAAAGCUCUCUCCAGGCUACUGCUGUGCAGUGAAACCAGAGGUGAAGAGCUAGCAUAAAAUGGAACUAGAGGAGUAGAGGGUGAAUUUAAUUUUCCUGCUGCUUAAAAGCAGGAUUAAACUGAUACUGUACAUUUAUCCUUACAAAUUUGGAGCUGGAUUCCUCAGUAGCUUCCGUACCUCUAUCAUAAAAGAGAAGGAGCUGUGAGUUUUCCUUUCUCUAAUGCUGAGGAGUAGUUGAUUGGAUUACUAUUUAUAUGAUAUAUCCAAAAUCUGGUCCUGAAUCCCGUGUAUCAUCUCACUUGCAAGUGAGUGAGUGAACUGCCUUCACUGAAAGUAGAUGUUAAAAUGUGAGGUAUAUAAAAGCUGUCUGUUUGACUGUUUUACGUAUCUGAUUGAUGUGGUUUAUUGAAGGACAGAAAUGACUUCAAUAGAAAUUGAGUUUGUGGUCGUUAAGUGGUUUACUAGUUUACAAUAUUGCCAUUUUACUGCAUACAUUCCAAGUUGGGUAGAAAACCACUAUCCAACCUAAUCCAAACUACCGUAUCUAAUCACCACAUAAGAAAGUUGGCAUAUUAUUUCCUAAAUAUGUAACUUAAUGGAUCAUUUCAGACAUACUUGAUCUGAAGCUAAUUUCAUACAGCAUUACAUAGGACCAUACAAUAAUGUGUUCAUAUGCUUUACUGCUGCCUAAUGUGUUAAUAUUAAACCAAGCAAAAUAGAGCUCAUUUUCUCGAGAAAUUGAUGUCACCUGAGCAAUAAAUUGAUACUGUUUAAAGUCCCUUGCAUGUUGCUCAAUGCUACAUACCAUUCCAUUUUUUCUUAGUGUGAUUCCUUUGUUCUGUGGUAGAUAUGUGGCAUAUACACUGGUAGAUAGUGACAUUUGCUUCAUUUCUAAAAGUCAGCUAGCUGUGUAAAUUACAGAAGCACUACUACAGAACAUGGGACCACCUAAAAAGAAGUACAGCGAAUUGUUGGGCUUAGAAGAAUUAUUGAGAAAUCACACUUCUUGGUUAGCAUUUGCAGUUUAGAAAUUGUAAUUCCGAGAGCCUGAAUAUUAAAUGUCAUUUUUGGCUCUGUGUUCUGCAUGUUUGCCAAUGAAUCUGAGAAGCACAUAGUAAUACAUUAGUAAUUUUCCAUCUGGGGUUUGCUUGUAUUAAAUAUUGUUUCAUUACAAGUGAGACAUAGGUUAAUUAAAAAGCAGUUUAUAUAUUGAAGUAGGUGAAAUCAGCUAAUUUGGGUGAUGGAAGCAAUUUUCAAACAACUGUUUGCUUCAGCAUAUAAAACAUUUCUCUAAAAGUUGGUAACAUUUGUAAUUCUUGCCUUCUUUCAAUUCUUGAAAUUUCCUGCAUUUACAUUUGCAGAGGAUGUUGUAGUGGUUAACCUGGGCCACAACAAUAUAUUAUUCCUGAUGGACUGCUGUGUUUUCCAGAUCACUGUUCAUCUCUUUCUGUAGCGCUAAGAAAAAAAGGAUUCAAUGGGGGACAUUUGAAAUAAUGCACAGCAGUGACAAAUAUGAAGCUAAAUCUCAUGUACAGAAAGUCCUUGACUUACAGCCUCAACUGAGCCCAAAAUUUCUAUUGCUAAGCAAGGCAGUUAAGAAAGUCAUAAGUGCUGUUGUAACUUUGAACAGACACUUACAAAUAGUCACUAAACGAACGCUUGUAAGUUGAGGACUACCUAUAUUAGGAAAUUUAGGAAAGCAAGCACACAGAUUUAUAUAGAAUUGUUGCUCACAAAUUAUCAUGAACAGAUGUAUAACUAAAAUAAGUGCAUAGUCUUGAAUAAGAGUGUGGUACAUGCGGAUAGUGUCUGUUAGUUGCAGAUUUUAAAAAAUAGUGUUUUAAAAUAACUUUUACAACCAUGUUCCUCAGCUGAUCAGGGAUAUCUUUGCUUUUAUUUUAGAAAAGAAUCUCACUGAUUCAUUUAAUUCUGCAGAAGUCCUUUCCAAAACAAAUUGGAUUUUUAGUUUACUCUGCUAAUAAAUUAAAAUUUAGAUAUGGGAAAAAAAUCUAUUGCAAGCUGGGCUUCCAGUUACCAGUCCUUGUUUUUUCUCUAACCGAUUAUAAUAAUGCUGUUAAAAUUACACUAAUAAUUUGCUGUAGAUGCGAUACAUAUUUACUGGACUGCUGAAUAGAAAACAAGAUUACAGUGUUUAAUCUGCUUAAUAUUUUUAAACAUUUUCCAUUACUAAAAGGAUAUUCCUGAUACAGCAGAUAAUAGUAUGCAAACUUAGAUAAAGUGUUGAUCCUUUUUAAAGGAAAUGGUUUUCUUUAUAGGAUGAAUGGCUUCUGUAAGUUGCCUGCUGUGUUAUGUGUGGAUUGUCUUUUUUAAUGUUUCAGAAUGUUUAAUAUACUGUUUCAGAAAUAUUUGUGCCCAUAUGAAAAUGUAAUUGAUCCACUGAAA